UGUUGGAGGUGACGCAGGAGACAAGAUGGCGACGGCAGUGAGGACGAGUGUCCGAGCGGCGAGAGAUCGGAGGCUGAGGGUCCCAGCGAGAGCGGCUCUCCUGCUGACUUCAUCUGCUGUCAACAGAAUUAAGACUCUACUGCAACAGAGACCAGAAUGUGUUGGUUUGAAAGUUGGAGUCCGCACUCGUGGUUGCAGUGGUCUCUCGUACAUGAUAGAGUAUGCAACAGAGAAAGGGAAGUUUGAUGAAGAAGUUAAUCAGGAUGGUGUGCGUGUGUUCAUUGACCAGAAAGCACAGUUAACCCUACUAGGCACAGAAAUGGAUUAUAUUGAAACAAAACUCUCUAGUGAAUUUAUUUUCAAUAACCCAAAUAUUAAAGGAACAUGUGGAUGUGGUGAAAGCUUUACUAUGUAAUUAUUCAGAAAAUAAUUAUGUAUAUAAAAUUAAGCUGGUGUGAUUCAUUGUUGAGCUUUGUAAUUUUCUCAGAUUUAUUUAAAUAUAAAUGUCUGUGGAUUCUUACAGUAAAACAGUACAAGUCUGAGAUUAUCAAAGGGAACUUUAAACCUGCAAUAGUAACAUCCAUCACUCAGUUGCAGAUUUUCACCUAUGUUUGCAUCAAUUAUUAGCCCUUUAGAAAACAAGAAUCUAACUGUUCUCCUUAUUUUGAAUACAGUAAGCGUGUGAUUAGAAUCUUGUACUCAUGUCAAUGUUCAAUUUAAAUACUUGGAAUAGAAAAGUUAAGUCCAAAAUUUUUUGCUGUCCCUUUUUGUAUAAAGAAUGAUCAUUGCUGAUGCCUUGCUUUAUUGUGUGCAGUCUUUGGUGGUGGUGUGUAUAAAACUGAGUAGUGCUUAAUAUUUUUACACAAGGUGGAAAGGGAUUAUUUGGUCAAUAGAAACUCUAAAAUAUACAUCCUUGUUGUAAUAGUUUGCCUGAACUCUCAGGCAGUGUGUACUCUGGGCUUUUUAUUUCUGUUCAUUUACAGAAGUGCCUAAAUCAGCAAAUUAAUUGAGAGUUAACACCACUCUGGCAAUUUAGUGACUUGUGGAUGCAAGUGUUAUUAUUGUUGUAUUGCUUAACAUGUACAGAUAAUUAAACAAUUAUGCAUUUGUUAACAGACAAGAAUUUGUGUUGAUGCAAUAAUUGGAGUGCUGAAAAAUAUAGGGGACCCCAACUUAAGAGUUCCUGUAUACAAACAAUGCCAUACAGGGAUGUAAUUUUAAAAAUCUAAUAUUUGAACAUUACCUAUACUUACAAAUGGCUAUUUUAUAUUGUCCUGCAUUGUGCUGCAACUUGCAAAGGAGUUCCGUUCUUGAGUCUAUUCCAAUAUGGAGAAUGCCUGUAAUUUCAUGAUCUUGGAUGUACGACAAGUUCAUUAAAUUGCUGUAUAUGUUAGCCAAAUGUUGAAAAUAUAUUUUUAUGGUAUAUGAAUAAUUUGUAUGAAAACAAAAUAAAGUUAAAGAAUUAGAUAA